CGCUGCUGCUCAGGUUCAGGCUCAGAGGAGUUUAGUAUGUGGCGGCUGGAGAGGGGAGGUAUCAUCACAAGAGCCCGAUUGUUUCCUUCCUUGACUGAGGAGUACAGGGCUACAGGGACGACCUGAAAAUUCACCAAGGAAAUCAGAUGUUGGAAAUGGACAGCUUAGACUAGACACAUGGUUAUGUACAUGCUGUGUGCACAAGCUUGGAGCAGAUAUCCGUAUCCAGCUGACGUGACCGGCCAGCUGAAUGCAGACCCUGUAUGCGCUGCUGUGUCUAGGCCUGGUGGGGGCGCUGCAACCGGCUGAUCACCUGACCCGGAAUGCCAUUCGGCACCAUCGUGGCAAGGGGGUGCCAUCUGCCAGUGGGCAGAGCUGGGUGGCUAAGAACUGCCGCCGCCUCUCGAGCCUUCUGCGGCAGAAGAACGCUGCCGUAAGGAAGCUGGAGGCAGCAGCGGCAGCGGCAGAGCGUGACCAGACGCUCUCGGAUGCUGAGCGCCUCUUCCAGGUGCACACGCUCGAGGUGUUCCAGAAGGAGCUGAAUGAGAGUGAGCGUUCCCUGUUCGAGGCUGUGCUGGGCCUUCAACGUGUGCUGAAAGGUGAUUUUGGAGAUGUGGCCAACAUGAAGGAGAGCAGCCGUCAGAGGCUUGAGGCGCUCAGGGAGGCCGCCAUUAAGGAGGAGCAGGAGUAUGUGGAGCUGGUCGCAGCUGUGAAGCACCAACAGGAGGCGCUGAAGGUGGCGCAGGAGCGGAACAAGACCCUCUCCAUGCUGGACGAGAUCCUUGAGGACGUUCGGAGGGCUGCUGACCGCCUGGAAGAGGAGAUCGAGGAUCACGCUUUCGACAACAACAAGCAGAUGAAGGGGGUCAAUGUGGAGGCAGUCCUGAGGGUGGAGGAAGAUGAAGAGGACAACAAGAGGAAGAACAUGUCAUGGCAAGUAGCGGAAGGUGACCUGGGACUGAGUAUGCUCAUUGAUUCUCAGAACAACCAAUAUAUACUGACCAAACCUCGGGAUUCGACCAUUCCUCGUGCUGACCACCACUUCAUCAAGGACCUGGUGUCAGUGGUGAUGCUCUCUCUGCCCUGUGGUUGGCUGUGCACACUGGUUGGACUGCCUCCUAUGUUUGGGUACAUAGUUUGUGGGAUUUUGCUAGGUCCAUCAGGGCUUAACAGCAUUAAGUCCAUGGUUCAAGUAGAGACGCUGGGGGAGUUGGGUGUUUUCUUCACACUCUUUGUGGUUGGCCUUGAGUUUUCUCCUGAGCGACUGCACAAGGUGUGGAAGAUCUCUGUUCAGGGCUCCAGCUAUCUCAGCCUCCUGAUGGUGGGGGCGGGGCUUCUUUGGGGAAAGGUGUUUAGGCUCCACCCUAUUCAGACGGUGUUCAUUUCCAGCUGUCUGUCUCUGUCCAGCACUCCUCUCGUGUCACGCUUCCUUUCUGGCGGGUCCAGAGCGGAUAAGGAAGGUGAACUGGACUAUAGCAGUGUUUUAUUGGGUAUGCUGGUGAUGCAGGAUGUUCAGUUGAGCCUUUUCAUCGCCAUCAUGCCAACUCUGAUCCAAGCAGGAAGUGGUGGGAUGGACAGCGCUUUGAUCGGAGGAUUGCGUGUCCUGGUGCUGUUGGCUCAGGUACUCGUCUCGCUUGCCGUCGUGCUACUGAUCUGCUGGCUCCUCAGAUCUCAUCUGAUUGGUCCGUUCUACAGAAAGCUCCACGCUGAGAGUAAAGGGAACAAAGAGAUCCUUGUUCUGGGGACUGCAGCCUUUGUAUUCCUAAUGCUCACAGUAACAGAUUUUCUGGAUGUUUCCAUGGAGCUAGGCUGUUUCCUUGCAGGAGCACUGCUCUCCUCACAGGGUCACAUGGUUACCAGUGAAGUCAUGAGCUGUAUUGAGCCAAUCAGAGACUUCCUGGCAAUCAUCUUCUUUGCAUCUAUUGGGCUGCACGUGUUCCCAACGUUUGUUCUAUACGAGUUAACCAUCCUCCUGGUUUUGACCCUGUCGGUGGUAAUCCUGAAGUUUGUCAUGGCAGUGCUGGUGCUGACGGCAAUCCUGCCGCUGGGAAACCGACACAUCCGCUGGAUUGUAUCAGCAGGCCUGGCGCAAGUCAGCGAGUUCUCCUUUGUCCUGGGCAGCCGAGCUCGCCGGGCUGGCAUCAUCUCAAGAGAGGUGUAUCUUCUUGUACUGAGCGUCACUACAUUAAGUCUGCUGCUAGCACCUGCGCUAUGGAGAGCUGCGACUCUCAAAUGCAUCCCUAGGGUGGAGAAGAAACCAUCCACCUGACCCACACUCUGCAUGAGGAGACUCGCUGUUUUCUCACGUGGAAGACUGUGAUACUACUAAGGGUUGUAAGCCAAGGCACCUUUUGCUUUGACUCUGGGACAAAGGGACUGCUACGUCCCACUUUCUAACGAUGACCAGUGUACGUUUAAGCGUAUUUUAAAGCCUCAUUCAUGGAGCAUAACUUAGACAAAAGAUUGCACAAUAGGUUGAGAUAAGACUUGAAUUUUUUAUAGUUGCGACUCUGAGCUUAUUGCGUCUUUUAAGCUCUUUAUUGCAUAAACUGUAUUUAUUGCUGUAGAUUUGCAAUCUGAAAGCUGUUCUGCUGGUAAAAGGAAGUGCCUAACUGUGCCUUGACGUCAGCUGAUGUCAACUUGCGUACCAAAUUAACCUACGUGGCGAGGUACAUACCAGUCUGUCUAGUCGCACCAGCCUUGGAAAUCUCAAUAGGUUUUUGCAUGUCUACUCGUUUGCACAUUCUUAUUGACUGUUAUAAAGGUCAGCAGCGUUCUGGGCUGAAGUCAAAUUAGAGCAGAAGUGUCACGAAAACAGCAAGCACAUUCCAGCGCUGUCAUGUUUAUUAUUCCGUAAGUGGCCGCUGUUAGAAGUGGCAAAGUGUACUUUUCAUGAAUGUCCAAUCAAUUAUUUUUGAAAGUCUGUAGGUAAUGUGAAUGCCAAGGUUAACACUUUUCAGAUGAAGGAGCUCACCAUGUUGUCUUGUUAAACUUUGCGCUGUAAGUGGUAGAAAUUACAGCUGACAGAUGAUGUAAAGAGUACAUGUACAGUGCUGUGCAAAAGUCUUAGGCAUGUGCAAAGAUGCCUUCAAAGAUAAUGAAAUGAAAUGUUUCUCCAUUUAAAAAAAAUACUAUAAAGAGCAGUAAUGAAUUAAACAAAGGCAAUAUUUGGUGCGACGAACCUUUGUUUUUAAAGUAGUCUCAGGUAGAGUUAGUGCAGUUUUAUAUAAGGAAAAGAGCUGUAAGUGUUAUUGAACAUCUUGCAGAACCAGUCAUGGUUCUUCUGGAGACUUUGACUGUCACAUUUGCUUCUUAUUUUUGCAGCAAAAACCAGCAGCCAUUACUUUUUUUUUUUUUUUCUUUUUUUUUUUUUUUAAAUGUGUCUCUUACGUAAUAUGCUGCUUUCUUUACUGACAUACAAACAUUUUUCUAGAACAUUUCAAUUUGUUCUGGAAAACUAAUGUUUGAGAAUCUAAAAUGGUUUUGUACUGACUCGAUAAUGUACAAGUCACAAAAUAAAAAAUCGAUAACAAAGUUUGUACUAAAAAAAAUAGGGUGCCUAAGACUUUUGCCCGGUACUGUAUAUAUGAGAUCGUGUGAUAUUAAAAGAAAUUAUGACUUA